UGGUGAGCUUUGAAUCUAACAACGUCGUAAAAUAAAAGGAAAGUUGGAGCGAAAGACCGUACUGCCUGUACAUAUUAGCAUAGCCGCCAAUGGAUGCGAAAUUGCGAUGCGAUGAAGAGACUCGCACGACGAGUACGCAAGGCUCUGAAUCUGAACAACGCUGGCGCCGCAUCUGGUUCGCGUGGCGCGGCGCACCCACAGGGCAAGCAAAACAACAUGUCGACAUCGACGAUGGAGGGCUCGUUAAGCAAGUGGACGAACGUUGUCAAUGGCUGGCAAUAUCGCUGGUUCGUGCUGGAUGACAAUGCCGGCUUACUCUCCUAUUACACGAGCAAAGAGAAGAUGAUGAGAGGCGCGCGUCGCGGCUGUGUAAGGCUGAAGGGCGCUGUAAUCGGCAUCGACGACGAAGAUGAUAGCACUUUCACGAUUACGACUUCCUCGAGCAAGGACGACCCCAAGACCUUUCACUUUCAGACGCGCAAUGGUGAGGAACGCGAACGCUGGGUACGCGCCCUCGAGGACACGAUACUUCGGCACUCACACACACGAUGGAAUCCACGAAAACCACCACCGAAACAAGACUUUGAUCGCAAAGUUGCGGAAGCCGACGCUUACCUCCAACUUCUUAUCGACCAAAUCAAAUUCAUUGAACAAAAGCAGAAAAGUUUUGAAAAUGAUAAUGACGAUAAAACGAUGCGAUACACACAAAUUCUAAGCCCAGCCAAUGCUAUGCUCAAUUCUGUUAAGCAUGCUAUUGUUCAACUUCAAAUAGCUAAGAAUACCGCUAUACCUGUUAAUGGUAUUUAUCAAGGACCAACAGAAUCGAAUCAGGCUAUUUCUCCAUUGAAACGUGUCAUCGUUAGAGAACCAGAUCAGAUGGUAGACUCUACCGUAGAAUUGGCCUCUGAGUGUAUGGAACAACAUAAAAUUAGCAAUUCGACUGCUACUGCUAGAAAUCUUCCUGUACCAGAAUAUUCAUACUCGUCUUCAGACGAAGAUGAAGAUUAUUUUGAUGCUGCCGAUGAGAUCUCUCCAACCUCGAUAGUGUUGAUAAAAAUUUGUAGGAAAAGACGGGAAAGUGAGAGAAUAUCCAUGGUUGAGAGCAGUGUAACGGAAAAUCGUCCUAUAACAAAAAUACCAGCAGCACCACCAAUUAAACAUGAUGGAUCAAUAGAUUACGAUGCAUUGUACGAGGAAGAGAGCGAAGAAGAAAUGGAUUCCAUGGAGAGUCAUGGAUCGGUGGUGACACAUCUCUUGUCCCAAGUAAAAAUUGGCAUGGACUUGACAAAAGUGGCUUUGCCAACUUUCAUUUUGGAACGCCGAUCUCUGUUAGAGAUGUAUGCGGAUUAUUUUGCACAUCCAGAUCAGUUUGUCAGUAUCGCUGAUAUGACCACACCUAAAGAUCGAAUGGUGCAAGUUGUGAAAUGGUAUGUGUGCAGUUUUCAUGCUGGACGAAAAUCCGGUGUGGCAAAAAAACCGUAUAAUCCGGUGCUUGGUGAGAUUUUCCGAUGUUUUUGGGAGCUGCCGACAUCGGAUAAAGAGGCGAACCUUUCAAAAAUUGUUGAAAAUGGACCGAUACCCUGGUGUAAUGAAAAUCAAUUAUCCUUUAUUGCGGAACAAGUAUCUCACCAUCCGCCAGUAAGCGCCUUCUACGCGGAACACUAUGCUAAGAAAAUAAGCUUCAAUGCUCACGUCUGGACGAAGAGCAAAUUCCUCGGGCUAAGCAUUGGCGUGCACAACGUGGGCAAGGGCCGGGUGAGCCUCCACAGCCACGGCGAGGAAUACGUCCUCACCUUCCCCAAUGGCUAUGCCAGAUCCAUUCUCACGGUGCCGUGGAUCGAGCUGGGCGGCGCGACGACCAUCAGCUGCGCCCAGACCGGUUAUCACGCAACCAUUGAUUUUCUUACCAAGCCUUUCUAUGGCGGCAAGCGUAAUCGAAUUACCUGCCAAAUAAGCGGGCCCAUCGACAAGAAACCUUUCCUUUCGAUUAAUGGAGACUGGAGCGGUGCCAUGGAGGCAAAAUGGGCCGAUGGUAGAAUCGAAAUAUUCGCGGAUGUCCGAGAGCAGAGGAUAGAGAAAAAGAUGGUUAAACCAAUGAGUGAGCAGGACGACGAGGAGUCACGUAAGAUAUGGCGUGAAGUAACAAUGGGACUACGCAUCAAUGACAUGGAUAAGGCAACGGCUGCUAAAUGCGCAAUCGAACAAAGACAGCGCGAAGACGUGCGAUAUCGCAAAGAAAAUAGCAUCGGAUGGCAAACAAAGUUGUUUAAGGAAACCAAAGACGGCGUGUGGGUAUACGUAAAUCCGCUAGAAUCGAGAUUACGAGUGACUGAAACAGUAGCUACUACAAGUGUCGAUAGUGCAAUAAAUACAUUUACAACAGCGAGCAUAUGAGAAGAAAACAUUCAUAUAUUUUCUAAUCGCGCACAGUAAUAAUUAUUACAAACAUUAUUUACAUUGCAAGAUUGCGAUGUCUAAAGCUGCUAAGGAGAUGUGAAAGUGCUUUAUCAUCGAUUAAGUAGCUUUGAAGUAAUGAUUCUUUUUUCUAACAUUUUAUAAUUGAAAAGUUAAAAGAAAACCAGUACAUCGUUUUGUGAUAACAUAA